AUGAAAACAACAUUUAAACAAAUAAACUCUAUAGAGUAUCAAAUUAGAAAUGAUAUAGCAACACUUUCAAAUUCAAAGUCAAUCGUUGAUAUUCAGACACUACAUCAAUCAAUUAAAACAAACUUGGAUAGACUUAAACAGGCUAUCAAGGAUGCAUCAACAAAGAUCUAUGAAAAGAGUACAAAAUCACCAAAACUUAAACAAUAUGAAAAAGAAUUAUCAUAUCAUAAAGAAGAAUAUAAUAAUUUAAUGGUAUUACAAAGAAAAUUGAAUCUUCAAGUAACUGUAAACCUACAAGAAAAAUAUAAACAAGAGAGAAGAGAAUUAUUGUCUGGUGGAUCUACCAAUCUUCUUGGUCAAUCAUCUCGAUUUCAAAAUGGAACCAAAGAGGAUAUUAUAAAAUCAUCAAUGAAUAUAACAGAAUCUCUAAGGAGAACUAGAACUUUUAUGAAUUCUCAAGUUACUAGAAGUUCUCAAAUUAUGGAUGAACUUGAUGACGCAUCAAAAGUAUUGGAUAAAACACUUAAUCAACAAAAAGAAUAUGGAUCAAAAACAAUGGAAGCAAAGAGUCUUUUGACCAAUUUAAAACGAAGAGAUAGGACUGAUAAACUAUUAAUUUGUUUUGGUUUAUUGUUAUUCUUAUUGGUUGUAGUUUACAUUUUGAAAAAGAGAUUUGGAAAUAGAAUAUUUAGUAUUUUGGUUGCUUCUGCUCCUCCAGAAAUGUCCAACUAA